AUGAAGAGUUUCACACUUUCCGUUAUGGCUUCGGCCUUGAUUGCUGGCGCUGUCGCUACCGACCCACAUGUCAAACGACAAGCCGAGAUUCUUGCAAGUUUGCCAGCGUGUGUGCAAAACUGCUUGCUCACCGCGUUCUCUGAACACGGCACUUCUUGCUCUCCGACCGACUUUUCUUGUCUCUGCUCGUUGUCCGACUUCAUCAUGGCCUCAGGUAACUGCUACCUAACCUGCGACGCCGCCGAUCAAGCAGCCGGUAUGGAUUUUGGCAAAAAGAGCUGUGCAUCUGUCGGAAUUACGCUCCCAGAUCUUCCCGGCGGUGCUGCUCCUUCUGCUCCUGCUACUCCUGCCGCUCCUGAGACUCCCGCCGCUCCUGCUCCUUCCGCCGCUCCUGCUGCUCCGGUCAAACCUACCACCCCUGAGGCCACUCAUCCCGCACUUCCAGAAACCCCCUGUGUUUGGUUACCCAAGUCUAUGCACCCGACCGCUCACAAUGGCACUGGUUCUACCUCUAGCAUGAUGAACUCCACCAUGGAUGUUACCUUCAACGUCACCAUCGUUGGAGCCCACAACCUUGGCCUCAACACCAGCACCUGGAACGGAUUACCUGUGUGCCCUGAAACCUGUAACACAACCUCUGCUCCUACCAUGCCGAUGACCCCUGCUACUCCAGCAGCACCAGUUACACCAGCUGCACCAGCAAAGAACACUUCCUACACUGCUGUUGAUGCUAGCUCUUCAGCUUCCAAGAAAGAGCUCACCAUCUCUGCUACCGUCAUUGUUGCUCUUGUCGGGUUUUUCUUUUUCUAA